AUGGAGAAGAUGACCAUGGAUAAUUUAAUUGAUGUGGAUGGUCUGUCGGAGGAGGAGCGUGCUGUUAUUCUCAAUGUCCUCAAACGUGAUGAGAACCUCCGCCAAUCAGAGAACCAGAAAAUUGGGCAAUUACGGCUGGAGAUCCAGUCCAUACGAAUGAAAAGUGUCCUUAGGGAUGGGGAUGACCUGUCUAAAAUGUGUGCCCGUUGUCAUGGUGAACUUGGCUUCCUGUUCAACAGAGGCGAGAUUUGUCCCUCUUGUCAUUUUAAAGUGUGCAAGCUUUGUCAAGAGACCUUACUGAAUGGCAAGUGGCUGUGUUCCUUGUGUUACAAACAGAGGCAGCUGAAAUGGCUUCAGCAGGGUGGAAUGCAAAGUAACACAGGACUGAAGCGCUGGCCUUCAGGAGCAGACCUGGUCAAGGCAUCCAUACGUAAAACUUUCGUCAUUGCAGAUCCAGGUGCAGAAUCUGAUCCUGGGACUGAGACAGGAUUCAAGCUGAAUGGCGCAACAGUCAGGAACGGAUCUAUUCAUAAAGAUAAGACACCACAAGAUGCUGAACGCAUUGAGUAUCCUAAAGAUUCUGACAAACGUAAACUCACACAAUUGUUUGAUGCAUUUAAAAUGCAAAAAACGAUGGACAGUCCAGAGAGAAGGCUCCAGCAGCAGACAUCAGUUCGUAGGGCAACGUCACGGAGAUAUGGAACAGAUACAGAGUCAAGUUCCUCAUCGGAGGAGGAUGUGUCAUCAUCGCUUCCAGCAUCAAUGUUAACAACUGUAUCUGUGCAGAGUUCACCAGCAUCCUCUAGGGUGUCUGGUUACAACACAACUGCAUCAGAAUUUGAGGAGAUACAUGUUAGUGAUUCUGUGUUACAUAAAACUUCAGAAAGUGCAAAUAGUAGUCCUCGCAAAUCCUUACAAAGAAAACAUUCGUAUGAUUCAGAUCAGACUAUACAUUCAGAUGAUGCGCCAUUUUCAAAAAGUAGUACAGAAACACAAAUAAGAGUUGAAGUCCAUUCAGAUGCCUCAUCAACACAAAGUGCAGACAUUUGUCGGCCGAAAACUUCUCCUUCAAAAAGUGCAUCAUCUAAUUCUCAAAAUAGCUAUAGCAAAGUAAGACAUUCAAACAAAGAGGGAUAUACAGGUGUAAAAGUGACAAGAAAAGAAAGUUCUUCUUCACAGCGUUCCACAUCACCAGAAAUGGGAGGCAUGCGACAUGUGCAGGUCUCUCGACAAUCUGUUCUUCAGCCUGGAAGGUCACCGUCUCCUUAUUCUUUUGAUAGUAUUCCGUCUUCCCAUGCCAAUUCUCCAUUACCACGACAACGGAUUUUUGACCAAACUUUGGAUUAUCCACUUCAAAAAAAUUCCUCAGAGGAUACUGAUUCGUUGUCACGGUUUAGUGGUACAGAAUACAGUGGUACAGAGUCAUCCUAUCAUAUACCAGAGGGCAGUAGUGGGGGUGAUGACCUCAUGAUGGAUAUCUCAAAAGUGAAAAUUCAUAAGUUGUCAAAGAAAAUGGAAAAUUCUAGAUCCAGGUCACCACAUUCACCAAACACAAAGAAGGACGUCCCACCCAAACUGUCACCGCGAGCCAGUUCUGAGGGAUCUGGGAGCUUGGAGGACAGUGGCCAUGUCAGUGGCACAUCCACACAGGACAACACACCUGAACACCGUCGAACAGAUAGCAUACAGAGUCAGAUGUCAGUGCCCUCUACAUUGUCAACAGUUACAGAUGCCAGUAAUAAGGAGGAUGACAGUGAGGCUGAUAUAGAUGAGCUAGUAGCUAGCCACAAGGCCACAACACAGAGUUCCUUUGGGAGUAGUCGUGGCAACCUUCUGUCCACAGUAGCUGACAGUCGCGAGAGUAUAGCAAGUUUCUACAGCGAUGCUGGUGGAGUGAAUUAUGGGAAAGUUCCUAUAACGGGUGAGAUACAGUUUGGCCUAGACUACAACUACCGCACAGGGUCACUGGAGAUUGCUAUUCGACAAUGCAAGGACUUAGCACCAGCUGACCCAAAACGACACCGAUCAGACCCAUAUGUGAAGACUUACUUACUACCUGAUAAAACACGCGGAGGAAAAAGGAAAACCAGGGUCAAGAAAAACACCCUUUCUCCAAUUUUCGAUGAAACUCUGCGUUAUCUUAUCUCUAAGAGUGAGGUGGAGAACAGGAUAUUGUGGGUCACCGUCUGGCAUAAUGACAGGUUUGGUCGCAAUGAUUUCCUUGGAGAGGUAUCCAUUAACUUUGACUACUUUCGAUUUGGAGACUCUGCCCCAAAAUGGUACACAUUACAAGAAAGGGUGGAGACACAGACUACAUCACUGCUGACUUACCAAGGUGAUCUGAUCCUGUCAAUAAGGCUGGUAUCAAAGGACAAUGUUAAGGAGCUCCUCACAUCCCCCACCAAGACCAAGAGGAAAAAGGCACGGCCAGAUGGCCAAUCAGGAUAUCAGUUACAGAUCAUGGUGAAAGAGGCAAGAAAUCUCACUGCAGUGCGGUCCAAUGGCUUCUCUGACCCAUUCUGUAAAGCUUACCUGUUGCCUGACAAACACAAAGGACUUAAGCAGAAAACACCUGUGAUAAAGCGAGACUGCAACCCUAAGUGGAACUACACAUUCAUAUUUGAUGAUGUUAGACCAGAAGAUUUGAAGGAGCGUGGUUUGGAACUUACUAUCUGGGACCAUGAUAAGAUCUCCAGCAACGACUUCCUGGGUGGAGUCAGACUCAACCUUGGACUGGGACGAAGUUAUGGUAAAAUUGUUGACUGGAAUGAUGCUAAAGGUGAAGAAAUUUCAAUAUGGCAGGCAAUGCUAGACCGGCCUGAUUCUUGGAUUGACGGUACCUUGAUCCUACGACCAAAUAUGGACAAAAGGCGAUAUUAG